AUGGCAUCUGAAACUCCCAAGGAUCUUCCUGUGCGGCCUGCCGCUGACGCGCAGGCCAAAACCGCCUCUGAAGCCGCCGCUGCCCCUCCAAAAGAUGCGAAUGCGAAAUCUAAGCAGGCCCCGAGCCCCGAUACCCUCCCGGAGGUCAUGAUUGAGCGAAACAAGCUCUUCGAGGAACUCUGGCAACAAUAUCUCGAGGAGACCAAGACCCGUCCCCACCCAGAGAUCAAUGUUACCCUUGACAUUGGCGACGGCAACCCUCCCUCCUCGGUCCCCGCCAAAGCCUUCGAGACCACCCCUGGAUCUUUCCUGCGUGAUGUGCCCAAGGAUCUCAGCGCCAAUAUUGUUAUCGCCAAGGUCGAUGGAGAGUUGUGGGACUUGAACCGGCCUUUGGAGAAGGAUUGUAGUGUGCUUCUUGUGCCUUUUAGCAACCCCGAGGCCCGUGAGGUAUUCUGGCACUCUAGUGCUCACACUCUCGGUGAAGCAUGCGAAUGUGCUUUCCAAUGCAACUUGUCUCAUGGGCCGCCAACUCCUCAGGGUUUCUUCUACGAUAUGGCCAUGCCCGACGGACGCGUUGUCAAGGAGGCUGACUGGAAGGGACUUGAGACUAAGGCGGCGCGCAUUUUCAAGGAGAAGCAAAGCUUUGAUCGAUUGGAGGUUUCCAAGGAUAACCUCAAGAAGAUGUUUGCAUACAGCAAAUACAAGCUGCACUAUAUUGACAAGCUCGUCACCGGCGAGAGUAGCACCGUCUACCGUUGUGGUACCCUUGUCGAUCUCUGCCGAGGCCCUCACAUUCAGAACACCGGAAAAAUCAAGACCUUCAAGAUCAUGCAGAACUCAUCGGCCUACUUCCUUGGUGACCAGUCCAACGACUCUCUGCAGCGUAUCCGUGGUGUCGCCUUCCCCGACAAGAAGCUAAUGGCUGAUCACUUGAAGUUCUUGGAAGAAGCUGAGAAGCGGAACCACCUAAGAAUUGGCAAGGAGCAAGAGCUGUUCUUCUUCGAUGAGGUGUCCCCUGGUUGCCCUUUCCUCCUCCCCAACGGAACCAGGAUCUUGAACCAGAUCCAGUCUCUUCUGCGUACUGAAUACCGCAAGCGAGGCUACCAGGAGGUCCAGACCCCCAACAUGUUCGAUGUUGGUAUCUGGAAGACCUCCGGUCAUUGGGCCCACUACAAGGAUGAUAUGUUCAAGCUGGAUGUCGAGAAGCGCGAGUGGGCUCUUAAGCCCAUGAACUGCCCUGGACACUUCGUUCUGUUCGGCCAUCGUGAACGUAGUUACCGCGAGCUUCCUAUGCGUCUUGCAGACUUCGGUGUCCUGCACCGAAACGAGGCUUCAGGUGCCUUGAGUGGUCUCACGCGUGUACGAAAGUUUUGCCAAGACGACGCUCAUCUGCUAGUCGCCGACGAUCAAAUUAUGUCGGAAGUGGAGGGUCUGUUCGAUUUCUUGCAGGCCAUCUAUGGGCUGUUUGGCUUCACCUUCAAGUUGAAGCUGUCCACCCGCCCCGAAAAGUAUAUGGGUGCGUUGGAGACCUGGAACCACGCCGAGGACCAGCUUAAGGAGGCCUUGACCAAGUUUAAGGGUAAUGAUUGGACCAUUGACGAGGGUGACGGUGCCUUCUACGGACCCAAGAUCGACAUCACCAUUGCGGAUGCUCUCCAGCGUGAAUUCCAAUGCGCGACCAUCCAACUGGACUACCAGGCCGCGGUGAACUUCAAGCUGGAGUAUCAGACCAACGAAAAGCAGGAAAAGAACACCGAGGGCGUGAAGGAGGGAGAGAUCAAGGCCGACGGGCUGCCCCCCGGCCGUGCCCGCCCUGUUGUCAUUCACCGUGCUAUCAUUGGUAGCUUCGAGCGAUUCCUAGGCAUCUUGAUUGAGCACUUCGGUGGCAAGUGGCCGUUCUGGAUUAGUCCGCGCCAGGUUCUCAUUGUGCCAGUGAUGCCGGCUCUGAACGACUACGCCGAGGAGGUGCAGCGUAUCCUGCAGGGUGACAAGCUAAAUGCGGACGUGGACACCAGUGGCAACACCCUACAGAAGAAGAUUCGUACCGGCCAAUUGGCCCAGUACAACUUCAUCUUUGUUGUGGGAGCCCAGGAGAAGGAGGCACGCACCGUCAACAUUCGCAACCGUGAUGAUCCUGCUACCCAAAACAAGGGCAUCAUGGUCCCUCUGGAGGAGGCACGUGUCAAGCUCCGGGCACUGCGCAAGGAGCGUCGGUUGGAGAAUUCCCUGUAG